AGAUAUUCUUCUUCUUCUUCUUUCUCAUCGUUAAGGUUUCUGAUUUCAAAAAUCGAAUUGGCAAACGAGAUUUUUUUUCCCCGUAAGGAAAAGGCGAAUUCGUUGAAUAUAGAGGCUUCGAUUCCUCUGAAUUGAUUUUUUUUUUUUUUUUGGUUUGGUAUUGGUAUUGGAUCGUUGAAAAGGAAGCAAAAUGAAGACGUCGCUGAGAAAGUUGCGAGGAUUCACACUUCACAAACAAGGAGGGGCUAAGGACCGGAAAGAUCUCCGGCCUCUGGCUCAAUUGGACGAGCUCGCUCAGGCAUAUCGGGACAUGCAAGAUAUGAGAGAUUGCUACGAUGGCUUACUUGCCUCGGCUGCGGCCACUGCGAAUAGCGCUUACGAGUUCUCAGAAUCAUUGAGGGAAAUGGGUGCUUGUCUUCUUGAGAAAACUGCACUGAACGAUGACGAGGAAAGUGGAAAGGUUCUGCUAAUGCUAGGGAAAGCGCAAUAUGAAAUCCAAAAAAUUGUUGAUAGCUAUCGUUCUCAUAUAUUCCAGACCAUCACAGUCCCUUCAGAAUCUCUUCUUAAUGAACUACGGACAGUUGAGGAGAUGAAGCGGCAAUGUGAUGAAAAGAGAGAUGUAUACGAGUAUAUUAAAUCUAGACAGAGAGAAAAGGGGAGGUCAAGAAGCGGAAAAGGAGAGAGCUUUACUGUGCAGCAAUUACAAAUGGCUCGUGAUGAAUAUGAUGAGGAGGCAACAUUAUUCGUUUUCCGCUUGAAAUCUUUGAAACAAGGACAAUCUAGAAGUCUUCUUACGCAGGCAGCUCGUCACCAUGCUGCUCAGUUGUGCUUCUUCAAGAAGGCACUCAGGUCUCUUGAGGCAGUAGAGCCACAUGUGAAACUGGUGUCUGAACAGCAGCAUAUUGACUACCAUUUUGAUGGUCUCGAAGAAGAUGAUCCAUAUGAUGAUGAUGACGAUGAUGAUAAUGAUUAUGAUGAUGAUAGCUAUGAUUCAAAUGACGAUGGUGAACUGAGCUUCGACUAUGGACAAAAUGAGCAGCAACAAGAUGUUUCUACGUCACAAAACUCAAUGGAGUUGGAUCAAGUGGACCUUACUUUUCCAAAGGUUGUAAAGGUGGAAGAUCCCAAGAAUAAUUUUGUUAGACUCCACAGAAGUUAUUUUUCUUUUAGGGGUAGGCCAGGCAGCCAAUCCGCUCCGCUCUUUGCUGAGAAUAAAGUAGAUCCUGCUGAAAAAUUGAGACAGCUGCGGCCAUCAUUCUCACGGAAGUUCCACUCAUAUGUACUACCAACUCCGAUUGAUACAAAAGGCUCAGCUUCUGUCGAAUCAGCUAAUCCUGUGAAUAACACAGCACAGACAAGUCUCAGUGAGCGCACGCAGAAUUUGUGGCAUUCAUCUCCAUUGGAACCAAAAAAGUAUGAAAAGAUUUUGGCGGAUGCAAAGGGUCCUUCACCAACUGUUACAGGCGUACAGUCUUUACUAAAAGAGAGCAACAACAACAUUUCAGCAGCUCGGCUACCUCCUCCAUUGUUAGAUGGCCGUGUAUUCUCACGUCAGGAUCAACUUGGUGCUUCUGAUUCUAAAAAACUUAAAAGAUAUGCCUUUUCUGGUCCAUUGACAAGUAUACCAUGGCCCACUAAGCCUGGUGCUUUGAACCAUCAACAAUUGUUCUCUGGACCUCUACUGCGAAAUCCUGUGCCUCAACCUUCAUCAUCACCACCUAAAGCCUCCCCAGGUACUUCCCCUCCUUUUAUGUCCUCGCCUAAAAUUAGCGAGCUUCAUGAACUACCCAGGCCACCUGUCAGUUCCUCCCAAUCUUCAAGACCAUCAGGUUUGGUUGGUUAUUCUGGCCCAUUAGUGUCUAGACCUCAAGUUCAUUCUUCUGCAAAAAUGGUGAGAAAAUCUCCUCUGCCAAAACCUCCUCAAAGCAUUUCUCGCAGUUUCUCCAUACCUUCAAGUGGUCCUAGGAUUGCGGAUUUACAUGUGCCGAAACCAAUGGAAGUCUCUCCUAACUCUGAGAGUGCUGGUGACCUUGUCUCACCUCCUUUAUCACCAAUUACCCUAUCUAACAACUAGCCAUCAACAACCAGUUUUGAGAUUUCUUUAGGUGGUUUGAACCAGAGGUGCAGAUCGUCAAUUUGUGGCCGAGUUUUGAUUCUAACUUUGGAACAAGAAGUACUUUGCGUAGUAUUGUUUCUCGUUAGCGUGUACAGGUGCUGACUAUGUAAAUAUCUUUUGUCUAUGAUUAAUAUUUAUUAAUCGUUUUUUCAAUCAUCUUUAUCCAUUGAUUAUCUAAACAUGAUGGACACAUGAAAAGGAUUAGUUAAAUAAUUUUUUAGUGGUGUUCCAUCAUUGAGAAAUUUUGUAUUUUCUCCAAGCUAUCAAUAGUCAAUAACCAUUU